GAGGCCGGAAGCGAGUGUCCGGCAAACAUGGCGUCGGCGGCGCUGGCGCUAAGGACGCGGGCGGCUGCCCUGCUGAGCCCCGCUCCGGCCGCAUCUCUUGCCGUCAGAUACGCAUCCAAGAAGACAGGUGGCAGCUCCAAAAACCUGGGUGGAAAGUCACCAGGCAAACGCUUUGGCCUCAAGAAAAUGGAGGGUCACUACGUUCAUACUGGCAACAUCAUUGCGACUCAGCGCCACUACCGUUGGCAUCCAGGCGCCCAUGUGGGGCUGGGGAGGAAGAAGUACCUGUAUGCCCUGGAGGAGGGGGUAGUCCGAUAUACGAAGGAGGUCUAUGUGCCCAGUCCCAGCAACGCCGAGGCCGUGGAUCUGGUCACCAGGCUGCCCAAGGGUGCUGUGCUCUAUAAGACUUUUGUCCACGUGGUUCCUGCCAAGCCUGAGGGCACCUUCAAACUGGUAGCUAUGCUUUGAACUCCUGGUUGAGGCCAUUGGACAGAGCAUGGAGCCCAGGUGACCGGAGAGGGUGGCCGUGGGGGCAGUCGAGGGUUGGAACGACAGGGCCUCCUGAAGAAGUCUACUUGGUGGUGAUUGCAGAAGACUCAAGUGACUGGUGGGGAAGCCUUUUGGGAGACCUGACCUGGGGCCUGAAGUAAAGAUUGCUGAAUCGUGA